AUGUCCAAUGCCCCGACACCAGACAACCCGACACUUAAUGCUACUGUCUAUUGGUCUAGACUGUUGAUCGACGGGCCAGACACACCACGUCUUUUGCGUACUUAUCAGUCCUGGAAGCCUUGGAUCCUGUCCAUUGGGGCCUACUCCCCUCCCAUUGAUCCAUUACAUUGUACCUAUAAUUAUUUGCGCACACCUGAUGAACAGUACCAACAAGCAUGGGAGGAGGAAAAGGAGGGUCAUGUUGAACUAUUGGAAAUAACUGACCUAUAUGUUGGUGCGGCUGGAGUGGCCGCAUCUGUCUCGCUUAGCCCAGAUCAGCUAGCCUGGUUUGUGGAAGCUACUGGCCACCCAACUGUUCCCCACGUCACACUAGCCAUAGGAAAAGGAUAUGAGGCUAGGUCUUUGGGCCCAAUGGUCAAGGAAGCCAUGACCAAUACAUAUGUUCCCACUGAAAUUCCCUGUCUAAGUAGGUCAUUAGACGGCUUUUACUGGAAAAUUGACAAUCAAUCCAUUGACAAAGCGGUGUUGGAGGAACAAUUGCUGUCCAGACACCAUGGUAGAGAACACACUAACCACGAACUGACUGAAAACUACCUAAUUAAAGUUCCAGCUCACAUUUGGACCAUUGACCCAUUUGAUGUAGGUCUGGUGACACACCACUCCAUUAUGGUCGGUUUGAAGCCUGGUGUGUUCCCAGUAUGGAAACCUCAGUAUCCUUUGAAACCAGAACAAUCUCUAGGUAUAAAAGACACCAUAGCUGGACUACUGACAGCUGGUGUUCUCAGAAAAUCCAAUUCUGACUGGAACACCCCGAUCCUACCUGUCUCCAAAGGAGAGGGAAAGGGAUGGCGUAUGGUGCACGACUUAAGGGAAAUUAAUAAAGCUACUGUUACUGAAAAUAUCCCUGUCCCAGACCCAUACUUAGCUUUGCAAAAUCUGACCCCUGACCAUUGUUAUUUCACUGUUAUCGAUUUGGCAAAUGCAUUUUUCUGCCUCCCACUGGCCAGCUACUGUCAACAAAUUUUUUCUUUCACAUAUGAGGGACAGAAGUAUACAUAUAACAGAUUGCCACAAGGUUACAAGGACAGCCCAGGUCUGUUCAAUAGAGCCCUUAAAGCUGAUUUGUCCAGCCUAACCUUACCUGACAAUACGGUGUUAGUCCAGUAUGUUGAUGACCUACUGAUAGCAGCCCCUGAUGCAGACACCUGUCUAGCAGCCACUGUCUCCUUGCUCACGUUGCUGGCUAACCUUGGAUACAAGGUGAAACAGGACAAAUUGCAAGUUGCUAGACCAGUGGUGACUUUUUUGGGACGCCAAAUUUCGGCCAUUGGUCACACUUUGACUGCUACACAACGUCAAUCCAUCCUGCAACAUGGUAAACCCAGUACAGUUCAGGAUCUACUAGCGUUCCUGGGGUUAACGGGCUACAGCCGUAAUUUCAUUUUUGAUUAUGUGGGUUUGACGCAACCUCUUAGGGAUUGUUUGGCUAUGGUGGGACACAGGAACCUUAAAGCAAAACUAAUCUGGACCAUUGACGCCGAAAAAGCUUUCAUUGACUUAAAGCAAGCCUUGGCGCAUGCUGAACAUUUACAGGCCCCAGAUUAUGAAAAACCCUUUUUCCUAGAUGUUUCUGAAAGGAACGGUAUUGUAAAUGCCGUUCUCUUUCAGAAAGGGGGGAGGGAAAGUAAUAGACAGAUUCUCAUGUACUAUAGCUCAAAACUAGAUGUAAUGGAACAGGGCCAAACACAUUGCACUAGACAAAUUGCAGCUCUAGCCAAGGCUGUUAACAAAACUGCUCAUUUAGUCAUGUGUCACCCUCUAGUGAUCAACACGAACCAUGGUGUUGUUGCCUUUCUUACUUCUACAGCAUUCACUCUUUCACCCACUAGGAAGAUGAGGAUCAGCGAUACGCUGACACAACCACACAUCACAUUCACACACAAAGAUACGGUGAAUAUGGCAAAACAAUUACCGCACACUGAUUUGGAACCACAUGACUGUGAGUUUGUGGCCCAGAGGGACCUGAGACUCAGGGAAGACCUCGGUAGUGACCCUUUAGAAAAUCCUGAAGUGGUAUUUUUUUGUGAUGGUUGUUGUUAUAGAGGAGAAGAGGGAAAUGUGGCCUCAUUUGCUGUAAUUGAACAACAGGGGAAAGGCUUUGUCACUAGAGUAGCAGAAAUCAUACCCCAGCCAGCGUCAGCCCAACUUGCCGAAAUAGUAGCACUUACAAAAGCUUUAGAAUUAGGAAAGGACAAGGUCCUAAAUGUUUACACAGACUCUGCUUAUGCCCACUGCGCAGUCCAUGUGGAUGGACCGCAGUGGAUGAGGAGAGGAUUUGUGACCUCUCAAAACACUCCUGUGAAACAUGCAGAAGCCCUAAAAGCCUUAUUAAGUGCUACUUUGUUGCCCAAACUAGUAGCUGUAAUUAAGUGCAAAGGGCACUCCAAGACAAGUGACUUGGAGGGACUGGGAAACAAUGCAGCAGAUGCUGCAGCUAAAAAGGCAGGAGGUUACACUGUACAAAUGACUGUAAAGGCUGACGUAAGAAUACCUGACUUAUCACUUGACAAUGUGCGUGAGAUGCAACAGAAAAGUGGUGCCUAUGAGAAAAAUCAGUGGUUAGCAAGGGGAGCAGUAGAGAGGGAUGGAAUCUGGAGAUCAGUAGAUGGGAGGCUUGUGGCUCCAGCAGAGCUAUGCACCCUGCUAAUUAGACAAGCUCAUGGACCCACCCAUGUGGGAGCCAGACGAACCAUGAAAGAAGUGGCAUUACACUGGUGGCACCCAUAUCUGAUGGCAAUGGUGGAAAAUUAUGUGGAAGAAUGCCCUACUUGUUCAGAGUUUAACAUCAAGCGUCCCCUUAAGAGACCCAUGGGACAUUUUCCAGUUCCAGAUGCACCUUUCAAGGAGAUUUGCAUUGAUUUUACAGACAUGGGACCUGAUAAUGUGGUAAGGGGAUUUAGGUACAUUCUGGUAAUGGUUGACAGAUACACCAGAUGGGUGGAAGCAAUACCCUCUAGACGAGAGGAUGCUAAAACAGUGGUGAAAUGGCUCAAGAAUGAGCUCAUUCCACGCUAUGGAGUACCUAAACUGAUCAGGUCUGAUAAUGGCACACAUUUCACAAGCAAGCACUUGAGGGAAGUGGAGGAACACUUGGGAAUAGUGCACAAAUUUGGAGCUGUCUAUCACCCCAGCUCCCAGGGACUAGUAGAAAGGGCAAACCAGACAUUGAAAAGCAAGAUCGCAAAGAUCUGUCAUGGGGGAAAACUUACAUGGGUAGAUGCACUACCGCUUGCCCUUAUGUCCAUGAGAUCAGUCGAACGGGAAAAAACGCAUUUGUCUCCACAUGAGUUGUUAACGGGGAGACGGAUGCCAGGGCCCUCUAGGGAUAAUGUUACAGGUCCAGUUUUGGACCUUUGGCAAACAGAGGAAGAUGAGUACAUGCGGGCUCUAACUAAUCUUACUCGAGUUUUGUCUACACAGGUCCAGCGGAGUGAGCCCCCUCCGAAACCACCAGCAGAUGACAGCGAGUGGCUGGAGUUUAAAACUGUCAAGCCUGGCGACUGGGUACGGGUGAAAGUCCACAAGAGAAAGUGGUCUGAGCCCAGGUGGUCGGGUCCGUGGGAAGUCACUGAGGUAACAACCCACACCGUCAAAGUGAAAGGUUAUGUUGAGAAUCAUGGCUCUCCAGGCUGUGGGAACUGCACCACUGUGCACUACCUGUUCCCAGAAGUGAAGCAGAAGGUGGUACCCCCAGCAUACAUGCCCUACAGAGGGAACUAUACCUGUUUCGCUAGGAACACGGGGACCGUUGAGGUGGGUCAGCUGAAGUGGUGUGGAGACACCGUGGACGCAGAAAACACCUCAGACGGACUUAUUGAGACUACUCUCUCCAACGGGAGUGACCUGAAGUCCCAGUUCUUUCAGCAGCAUACUCCCCUAUUAGGACUACAGGAGAUAGAAGAAGUUGAAUUGGAGGAAGUUUGA